AUCCCGUGAGGAAAUGGGCGGACCCGGGAAAGCUCGACCGGGCUGCGUGGGCGGCCGAAGGGAGGGCAGAAAGGAGCCGCGGCGGCGGUAUUUAAGGGAGAGUCGAUCGGAGAUCUCAGACAGGACGGAGCUUAGAGAGCCCAGAGCAAAGCGAAGCCAUUUCAGCACCACACAUCCAGUGGACAGCUAGACUUAUCGGCGCUUAGAACAGCAACAGAAACAAAAACCUUCCCAUCAUGGUUCUCAUCUGGACCCAGUUCGGUGUGAAGCAAAAGAACGGAAAUGUCAAGUGCAAAGUGCGAGUUAUGCACAGGGGGGACAGCUCCGGAUCUUCAUCGUCAGCGGAGAGCACCAAGCCUGAGCAGGACACGCCCUGCCUGUCCAUCAAACCGACAGGCAAGGACUUCUACAAGGUCCUGGGCGUCUUGCCUGAAUCCAACGAAGAUGACAUCAAGAAGGCCUACAGGAAGAUGGCCCUCAAGUUCCAUCCAGACAAGAACAGUGACCCUGAUGCGGAAGAGAAGUUCAAAGAGAUCGCAGAGGCUUACGAGAUCCUGACCGACCCCCAGAAGAGGAGCAUUUACGACCAGUUUGGAGAAGAAGGCCUUAAGAAUGGAAUUUCAGCAGGCCAAGGCAACAAUUUCCGCCACAAUGACCCCCACGCCACCUUCUCCUCCUUCUUCCACAACUCCGACCACUUUGACAUCUUCUUCGGCAAUGACCCCGAUGCCGAUGACGACCUCUUCAACCCUUUCCGGCGAUCCACCUUCACUAACCUAGGUGGCUUCGCCGGCUAUGAGGCUGGCCUGCGGAAGGGCGCACAGCACCUGUCCGGCGAGGCCGUGGUGCACGACCUGCCGGUGACCCUGGAUGAGGUGAUGCAUGGCUGCACGAAGCAGAUGAAGAUCACACGCAGCCGCCUCAACCCCGAUGGCCGGAGCCUGCGAACGGAGGAGAAAGUGCUGAACGUUGUGGUGAAGAAAGGCUGGAGGGCCGGGACAAGGAUCACUUUUCCCAGGGAGGGCGAUGAGACCUCCAACAGCCCCCCCGCAGACAUCACCUUCGUUCUCACAGAUCAAGAGCACCCACAGUACAAGAGAGAUGGGUCCAACAUUGUCUACACAGCCCAGAUCACCCUCAAAGAGGCUCUCUGCGGAUGCACAGUCAACGUCCCAACGCUAGACAACCGCAUGAUGCCUCUACCGUGCAGCGACAUCAUCAAGCCGGGCGAGGUGCGGCGGCUGCGGGGCGAGGGCCUCCCGCUGCCCAAGAGCCCGUCCCAGCGGGGCGACUUGGUGGUGGAGUUCCAGGUGCUCUUCCCCGACAGGAUCCCGCCACAGUCCCGCGAAAUCAUCAAGCACAGCCUGGGGCAGUGCUAGCCUUCUCCGCGUCUACUCGACACAACCUCACCAUGUGUCUUUCUCGAUUGUGAAACACACCUUUGCCUACGGUGCUAAUAUACCACAACCAAUCACAACCUCUUAUUGUGUUUGGGGGAAAGGCAAGCGGAGCUGAGUUGAUAGUCAAACUGGACUCUAGAGAGGAAACGUUCUGUACUCCUAGCACAACGCACAACAGCUGCCGGCGCCACUUGGGUGGUAGUUGCAGGAUUAAUGAAAGGUUUCUUAGCUGUCUGAGGCGUGCAUUCACUCAACAGCCUUCUCCUAUGAAAAGGUGUACAUGUACUGUUAUACUUGCAAGCUUGUGGCAGGAUAUCAGUGUGCUAUUUAAGUCUGUAUAGACUUACUUAAACCUUAACGGUAGAAACAAGUGAAGGAAAAAAAAAACAACACCUCUCUUCUUUUUCUUCUUCCUAUUAUUAUUCUCAUGGUUAUAUGGAGCUCAUAUGACUGAUCUUUUGCAUUGAUUUAUUACAAUAGCAAAAACUACUUGUGUGCAAAGGUCUACUUUGUGUGCAAAAUGAAAAAAUGUUGUCUCUAAAAGAGAUUCACUUGUCAAAUGUUCUAUUGAAUGACUAGAAAAGUUUGUAUAUAUUCUGCAAUAAGAUAUGCUGAUGUGUUCUUACUUUAUUCUACGGCAUGAAAAAUAAAAAGACAAGAAAAA